UCCGUGUUUGUCAACAACUUACUUGAAACCGGCGUCAAGCAGGCUGCCUGGGACCCUUGUUGCUCAUCUACACUAAUGGCCUCAACGGCAUUCACCAAAUCGCACUGAACUGGCUUAUAAUCGGAAAAGCAGGGCCCCCUCUACUUCCAUCUUCAUGGCGAGUUCGACAUUUGCUUUACAACAUACCAUACAGCAAACUACGCGGUAGACAACAUCAGCGAUUACAAUGGGUUGCGGUUCGGGUUGUUGCGCGCCCUCCAAGCGCCCUCUUUCAACCACGCCCGAGGAGGUGCCGACAUCUCCACAUGGUCGUGGAGACCGAGGGUCAAACACGAAUAACAGCUUAGAAGCCACGGCAUCUUCGUCCGCAAAUGUUGGUUAUGGGGAGUAUUUUGACGACAAAAGGGAGAUUGGCGACAGGACUGGGGAUAGAGAGUCGCAUCAAGGGGAAGCCAACACAGUCGAGACUACAACGGACAGCUGCCAGGACAGGUGCUGUGGUGGACAGCAAAGCGAGAGGCAUUCCAGCAGCAAGAGUGCCGAUUAUUCUCAUCCAUCACACUCGGAAUCCUCCAGAGACCCGUGUUCACUAUCACACGGCCACAAUCACAGCCAUGACCACAACCACAGCCGGUUCCCCAAUCUCACCAGGACGUUCGGCGCCUUAUCCCAAAACAUAUUCAGGAAAAGUUCCCUUUCCAACAAACAUCAACCAUCAGAAUGUCAACACAUUGAACAAAUAUCUGCCAGUUUUCCCACCACCGAUAGCGAAUCAGGAACCGCGCGGUCCAGCAUAACACCAGUUCAGCCAGGGAGCGGGCAGUCAGACGGUACGGCCGAUGUGGAAAAAGGUCUUUCUGGAUAUGAACAUGUUGUCCUCAUCAUCGAAAAGAUGUGCUGCGGCCAAGAACUCCAUCAAGUGGCCGCUAACAUCAAGGCCAUCCGGAAUCUCAAAGUCAGCGUGCCACACAAGCAGGUGGACUUUGACGUCAAUCUGGGCCUCGCGUCGGCUGCCGACGUCAUAGAACAAAUUCAAAGGUCAACCACCUGGAAGUGUGAGCGGGUCAUCGAGGAAGCAUGCAGUCUCGACAUUGUCACUGAAAAUCCAGCCGAGUUUGCCUCGAAACCAUUACCAAUGGGAGUGGCCCAGGUUUCAAUCAUCGAUAAGAAGAUUGUCAGGAUCUACUACGAUCCCAAAGUCAUUGGCGCCAGAGAUUUGGUGCAGUCUGGGUUUGUGGGGCCUCCUCUGAUACUCGCCAAAAGCUCGGUCGACCAAAACAUGACGGCUGGCUGGAAAAACGUUUGUCAUUUGUUCGUUAUGACGAUGCUCUCUUGGAUCCUGACCAUUCCUGUCCUUGUCUUGGCUUACCUUCCACAAUCCGGAAAGCGGAUGAUUUCGUACGGGUACGCAUCACUAGCGCUUGCGACACUUGUCCAAAUUUUCGUCGCUGGCCCCUUUUACCGCGAGGCUUUGAGCCCGCUGAUCAAGUCGGGGGCCAUCAACAUGGAAUUCCUGGUUGUGCUCAGCACCACUACCGCAUACAUAUUUUCUGUGGUGUCGUUUGCCCUUUUGGUAUGCGGGCGUCCCCUUUCGACAGGACAGUUCUUCGAGACGAGCACUUUGCUUGUGACUCUGAUCAUGGUCGGCCGCUUCCUUGCCGCUUUUGCACAGCACAAGGCUGUCGCGUCCGUGUCCAAGGUCAAGUCGCUCCAGUCUCAUGACGCCCUUCUUGUUGAUGAGGACGGAAGCAACGAGAAGGAGAUUGACGCACGCCUGCUUCAGUAUGGGGAUUACUUCAAGGUUGUUCCGGGUGCCAAGAUCCCCACCGACGGCAUUGUCGUCGAGGGUGAUUCGGAAGUGGACGAGUCCAUGAUCACUGGCGAGUCGCGCCCAGUUGUCAAGACCGAAGGAUCCGAGGUGAUUGCAGGGACAGUCAACGGCUCGGGAGCUCUUCGGGUGCGGCUUACGACUGUUCCCGGCAACAACACCAUCAGCGUCAUCAUGACCAUGGUGCACAAGGCAAAGGUGGCCAAAACCAAGAUCGAGGGUAUUGCCGACCGCGUGGCCGGGUAUCUCGUCCGCGCUGUUCUUUGUCUGACGGGCAUCACCCUGAUCAUCUGGUGCGUUGUCGGUGUCAAGGUACACAAACUACGUGCUGCCGAGGCCAUUGUUCAAGCGCUCACCUAUGCCAUUACUGUCCUCAUUGUCUCCUGUCCUUGCGCUAUCGGACUUGCAGUUCCCAUGGUCAACACCAUGGUGAGCGGGCUAGCAGGAGACAGAGGAAUUCUCUUCAAGUCGUUAAAUGCCGUGGAGAUUGCCCGCACAACAUCCCACGUCGUACUCGACAAGACAGGCACCCUCACCAAGGGGGAACUCGACGUCCAUGAUGUGCAUUUCAUGGGGAGCAACUCUAACACCUCCAAGUCCCUACUCCUUGGGUUGCUGCAUGACAUCAAACAUCCCGCCGCCGCAUCAGUCUCUGCCUAUCUUCUCUCUAUGGGAGUAACCCCUGAAGUGAUCACCCACCAGAAAGCCCUUCCAGGCAGAGGCGUCGAAGGCCACUCACCAUCCGACCAAGUACUCCGCGCAGGAAACUCGCGCUGGCUAGGCCUCGAGUCCGACCCAACCGUCCAGCGCAUCUUAUCCCAAGGCUACACCGCCUUCUGCUUCACCAUCGACGGUACCCUAGCAGCCAUCUUCGGGCUCCACGACACGCUCCGCCCCGAAGCACCAUCCGUCAUUGCCAAACUCCGCCAACGCGGCAUCACUAUCCACAUCAUCUCAGGCGACGACGACCUGGCCGUCCGCUCCGUUGCUCGCCAACUCGAUAUUCCCGAGCACUGCAUUCGCUCCAGGUGCAAACCCGAAGAAAAAGAAGCCUACAUUAAUCGUCUCCUUAUCCCACCGCCACCACCAGCGUCACCCCGUACCCGCUCCUUCUUUUCCUUCCUCAGCCCACCAAAGUCUAAACCCCCCACCGUUCUCUUCUGCGGCGACGGCACCAACGACGCCAUUGCCCUCGCCCGCGCCACUGUCGGCGUGCACAUGGCUUCUACCUCCGGAUCCGGAUCCAACGAUAACGUAGCCGUAGCCGAAGCAGCCGCAGACGUGGUGCUUGUUCGCUCUAACCUCACUGGCAUCUUGACGCUACUGGACAUGAGCGAAAAGGCAAUGCACAGAAUCCAGUUCAAUUUUGGGUGGAGUUUUGUGUAUAAUGUGUUUGCGAUAUUGUUGGCGGGAGGAUUGUUUGAGGUAUUUCUUCUUUUUGACGGAUGGUAGUUUUGGAUAUAUACAUGGAGGAGAUAAAGUAAGAGAAUGGUGCCCAGGUGGUGUGUGUGGUUCAGGUUGGUCGGGAUGAUCAAGUUGGGUACCUCUAUGAACUUCGGUCUUUGGUACUGGUAACGGGCUCUUUGUCGAACAGAUAUAUCACUAGAAGGCAUGCGAUAAUGAACAGGU